AUGUCUUCCUCAUAUUUGCUAGCAUUAUUUGUCGGAGUAUUGGUGGUUCUUACCACUAACACUCUUGCUGAUACUGAUACUGAUACUUACACCUAUAAGCCACCCGUUAAGAAGCCACCUAUUUACAAGCCACCAAUUUACAAGCCACCCAUUAAUAAGCCACCUAUUUACAAACCUCCAGUUCUGCCUAAACCAAAGCCACCUGUCUACGUACCUAAGCCGCCGGUGUACGUGAAACCACCACCGGUGUACGAGAAGCCGCCUGUGUACGGGAAACCACCUCCAGUGUACCAGAAGCCACCACCUUACUACAAGCCACCACCUUAUGGCCACUACCCUGGCCACCCUCCGGUGGAGAAUUAA